AUGUGCUCAUCAUCAGCCACGCUCCCAGUUAGAAUCCCGGGCUGAUUGGGCUCUUUUGGUUGUUGGUCCUGAAUGGAGGAACAGUUUCCCCCUCACCAUUACAUCUCCCUCCUCCAGUGAUAACUUCAAACCUGUCUUAAGACCCGUCUCUUUCCUUUAGUCUGUCAGUAGUCACCUUGAAGACUGGUCACACACUGUUUUUAUUUAUGUCUUUAGUUUUAUUUAUUUGACUUCUGUGCAAUGCUGUCAUGUUUUGGGGAUUUUAAUCCAGAAUUAUUUAUUCUACACUUUUAUUAAUUUACUUGCAUCCUCUUAAUUAUUUCUGUGUUUUAUUUGAUUCUGAUUCUCAUCGCUCUGUGAGGCACUUUGGUCAACAUUUGUUGUUUUUAAGUGUACUCGACAAUAUGAGCAUAAACGGCAUAUUAAAAAUGUUCUGUUUCUGAAGGUUAAGGCCCAACAAGGACGUGCUACGUACAUCCAGAUCUCUGCCAAGUGUCUUUUCAACUUUGGUCACAGUUACAGUGUCCACUGUGAACCUGAGAGCUUCAGAAUACGACCUGAUCGUGCAUCAUUUGACUCAGAUUAUGGACCAAAUUACCAUCCCACAUUUGAAGUUUUCCUGACUACGAUCCCAGAGGAAGUGACUCUGAUGGUCCGGAAUCAAGAGAGGACAGGCGACGUCUGGAGACGUGAUCUGCUUCAAGCAGAACUAACAAUGGAAAUCCCUCAGGGGAACGUCCCACCAGAGGACCGCGUCCCACCAGAGGACAACGUCUCACCAGAGGACAACGUCUCACCAGAGGAGAGGCUGCGGUUGAUUCGAACAAAGUUUGUAGAGGGAAUGUCUGAUCCUAAUCUCAACAAGCUUCUGGAUGAACUCUUUCAGCGUCGCGUUAUAAGCGAUGGUGAAAUGCAGUCAAUCAGAACAAAAACCAAGAGAGAUAAAGCACGAGACCUGAUCGACACGGUACGACUAAAGGGAACUGAAGCCAGCUCAGUUCUGAUCGCUGCUCUCCGUAAGGAGGAUCCGUGGGUUUUCAGAUCUUAGGCUGAAACAAAAGCAAGAAGCUGGAGUGUGAUGAUGAAUCUCUAUAAUAUCUGGCUGUUUCAGAGACUCACAUCACUUAUUGUUGUCUUUAAAUGAUAAAUCCCAUCGUGUAAGCCUGUGUGGACUUUCACUCUGAAGGUGAUUCACUGAAGUUUGGGGGAAAAGUGAAUUCAUUUUCAAUCUCUUAUGGUUUGGUCUCAAGAUUUUAUAAUCAUUUACUUGUGAUAACUACUGAUGUGUUGUCGGUGAUGAAGACCUGCGAUAGAGAGCUUGUGACAUUUCUAUAUGUUUUGGGAACGCAUUCUUACUGCUAAUUUUUGGAAGUUAUUAAUUUAGUUUUCAUUAGGGCUGUCUAAGUUAACGCGAUAAUAACAUGCUAAUGCAAAUUUGUUUUAACGCCACUAGUUUCUUUAACGCAACUUGUGAUUAUUAGGUUGCAGCGGCUCAGUGUUAA